AUGCCCUGCUUCGAGAAGCUGAUUGGCUGCUCAGUCCCCGCCCCGGCCAUAUGGCCCCGGUGCUCGGGUUAUCCGUCAUGUGUGCCACCGGCCGCCCGCAGAGAGGCCCACGCGCACACACACACACACAUCAUGGCGGCCCGGACCAGCGCGUGCUACCGGUGGCUCACCGGACGCAGCACACCGGUCACUUACCGGAGAGUCCUCCCGCGGUGCGGGACCGGGAGCGGUCAGCGGACAUAUUCCGGCGCCACACACCAGGAAAACGAACUCGGACUCGGAGACUCCGCUUUCGCCGCUCCCGACUUCGCAGCAUCUCUGAAAAGCAGACCGAGACAGGGGAGGCUGAGGGCCGACGGCGUCCUUCCGUUUUCGGCGUUUCUGACCGACGGCUUCGGCCGAAAGCACAGCUACCUGCGCAUGUCGCUCACCGAGAAGUGCAACCUGCGCUGCCAGUACUGCAUGCCGGAGGAGGGGGUGAAGCUCACGCCCCGGGGGCAGCUGCUGUCCACCUCAGAGGUGCUGACCCUGGCUCGCCUCUUCGUCCGAGAGGGGGUGGACAAAAUCCGCCUCACCGGGGGGGAGCCCCUCAUCAGACCUGACGUGCUGGACAUCAUCAGAUUAGAGUUCAGGGGGCAGAAGCCCUCAGUCAGUCUCCAUCUCUGUGCCUCACCAUCUCCCUCCUGCCCCCCCCCAGCUGAACUGCGGAAGUUGGAGGGCCUGAAAACGAUCGCGGCGACCACCAACGGCAUGAACCUGGCCAAGCUUUUGCCCCAGCUGAGGGAGGCCGGCCUGGACCUGAUCAACAUCAGCCUGGACUCGCUGGUCCCGGCCAAAUUCGAGUUCAUCGUCCGGCGGAAAGGUACCGGAAACCGGACCCAGGAACUGCUGGCCGGUCCCUGCAAGUUCCAGAGAGCGGCCCUAAGCCCCGACAGGCAGGGUGGAGCUCUGGGUGGUUUCCACAAAGUCAUGGAGGGCAUCGACAAGGCGGUGGAAAUAGGCUAUAAUCCCGUCAAGAUCAAUUGCGUUGUCAUGCGAGGCCUGAAUGAGGACGAGCUGCUGGACUUCGUGGCUCUGACGGAGACCAGGCCUCUGGACGUGCGCUUCAUCGAGUACAUGCCUUUUGACGGCAACAAGUGGAAUUUUAAGAAGAUGGUGAGCUACCAGGAGAUGCUGGACCGGAUCAGGCAGCAGUGGCCGGACCUUCAGAUGCUGGAAGCCGCACACGCAGACACGGCCAAGGCGUUUAAAGUGCCAGGAUUCAAAGGCCAGCUGGGCUUCAUCACCUCCAUGUCCGAGCACUUCUGCGGCUCCUGCAACCGUUUGCGCAUCACCGCCGAUGGAAACCUGAAGGUCUGUCUGUUCGGGAACUCGGAGGUCUCCCUCAGAGACGUUCUGCGCUCCGGGGCGUCUGACGAGGAGCUGCUUCAGGUUAUCGGAGCUGCUGUGGGCAGAAAGAAGAAACAACACGCAGGCACGCCUCAGGAUCCACUCAGACCGCUGCGUAUGUUCAGUAUCUCUCAGAUGAAGAACAGGCCUAUGAUCCUGAUUGGCAGCGGGAGAGGCCCCAUUGGACGGGACUCUCGGUGCCUCCCGGACCACAAUUCCCAUCAGGCAGCUGCUGCUUGCUGCCGUAGAGCUUCGAGGAACUGUGGCUCUCAAAUCAAGACGCAUAUUAACACCACAACCCGCACAGACGAAGCCCCCCCCCGCUCCCCGGAGUUCGGUCUUCCUCCAUUCACCCUUUUUGGCCGCACGGCCGCAGACUUUGAGACGCACACGAGCGAUACGAGCCUCAGGUACGCACAGACCAGGGGUCCUAUUGGUCCCAGGGGCGCCCCCCCGGCCCCCCCCCCCGUCCGCACGCUACUAACGAAGAACACAACGAACGUCGCGCACCUCAGCGUCAGACCGGCGCACAGCGGGAGCCACGACGGGGACGCCGAGGCCCGGCUGACGCACACGGACGCGGAGGGGCGGGCCUCCAUGGUGGACGUGGGGGGGAAGGCCCCCACGGCCCGCGCCGCCACGGCAACCGCCACGGUCCUCCUGGGCGCCGCCGCCUUCCGCCUGCUGCGGGACAACCGGCUGGCCAAGGGCGACGCCCUGGCGGCGGCGCGGCUGGCCGGCGUCAUGGCCGCCAAGCAGACGGCGGCCCUCAUCCCGCUCUGCCACCCGCUGCCCCUGGACCACGCCGCCGUGGGCUUCCGGCUGGACGCCGCCGCCCACGCCGCCGUGGUCACGGCCACCUGCCGCACCACGGGCCGCACGGGCGUGGAGAUGGAGGCGCUGACCGCCGCCUCGGUGGCGGCGCUCACCAUCUACGACAUGUGCAAGGCGGUGAGCCACGACAUCGUCAUCACAGACCUGAAGCUGCUCAGCAAGACGGGCGGGAAGAAGGACUUCCACCGCCACCCCCCCCCCACCCGGCAGAACUGA